AUUCAGUUUUCUCCACGCGACGAUCACCGCCCCCACGUCCGUCCGUUCCAAAAUUAAUUAGGUGGCUAUAAUUCCGUACGGCAAAGAGUCCCUAAGACACCUUCACCUUCCUUCAUACACUACGUGACACACCCUUCUCCCCCUCCCCCCUCAGCCCCACCUUGUUAUAUAACCCCCACCACCACCUCCUGCUCCGCCUCACUUCCUCCACCGCCACUGCCACCGCCGCCGCCUCACAUGGCCCGACUCCUCAGUCACCUCGCUUUCCUCCUCCCCGGCAGGUGGGUCGGGUCUUCGGGGUUGUUUAGCCGCCGGCUGUCGCCUGAGGCUGCAAGCCGGAGCGUAAACAGCACUAACGGGGUCGGUGAAGGUUCUGUGAAUAAUUGUAUGGGAGGCGACGACAGCCCGAUCUCGAACCCGGCGAUCGAGUGCUAUGCAUGUACACAAGUUGGGGUCCCGGCGUUCCACUCCACCACCUGCCACAGCGCCCACCAGCUGCCGCAGUGGGAGGCCUCUGCUGGCUCCUCCCUCUUCCCGAUCCAGACCCGGCGCAAACCCACCAAAGGGGCUCGCCAGCGGUCCCUCCCCAGGUCGUUCUUCAGGCCGUUUCUGCCAGUCUUGGAUCCACGCAGCAAGCAGGUGCAGAGGUGGAACAGGGCGCUGCUGCUGGCACGUGGCAUGGCGCUGGCCGUCGAUCCGCUCUUCUUCUACGUGCUGUCCAUAGCGGGAAGGGGACCAGGGGAGGGUAACGGUAACGGGGGUUGGGGUGCCCCCUGCCUAUACAUGGACGGGUGGCUGGCGGCGAUCGUGACGGUGGUGCGCACGUGCUUGGAUACCGUGCACGUGAUGCACAUGUGGCUCCAGUUCAGGCUGGCUUACGUGUCGAGGGAGUCGCUGGUGAUCGGGUGCGGGAAGCUCGUGUGGGACCCACGCGCCAUCGCCUCCCGCUACGCCCGCUCCUUCAAGGGCCUCUGGUUUGAUCUCUUGGUCAUCCUCCCCAUCCCUCAGGUUGUGGUGUGGCUUGUAAUACCGAAGUUAGUCCGGGAAGAGAAGCAAGUUAAGCUGAUAAUGCCGUUGCUUCUGGUGAUUAUCCUGCUCCAGUUUCUCCCCAAGGUCUACCAUAGUAUCUGCUUGAUGCGACGAAUGCGGAAGGUCACCGGCUAUAUUUUUGGAUCCAUCUGGUGGGGUUUCGGCCUGAAUCUCAUUGCGUAUUUCAUCGCAUCACAUGUUGCAGGAGGAUGUUGGUAUGUCCUUGCGGUGCAACGUGUCAUGUCGUGCCUCCAGAAGCAGUGUGCUGUGAAUCCAAAAUGUAACAGCACUCUCUCCUGCUUGGAGCCAGUCUGCUACAUGCUCAGGCUCCCUGGUACGGGGCCAAAGGGCCGUUGUGGCGGCGAGCAGCCAAUGAGCAAAAUUCCUAGGUGCUUGGAUGAAAAUGGGCCGUACAAGUUCGGGAUCUACUCCGAAGCACUUCCAGUGAUUUCGAGCAAUUCCCUUUCUGUAAGGAUACUCUAUCCCAUAUUCUGGGGCCUAUUGAAUCUCAGUACCUUCGCAAAUGAACUUGCACCAACAAGUGAAUUGCUAGAGGUGAUUUUCAGCAUCACCAUUGUUCUCAGUGGCUUAAUGCUCUUCACACUAUUAGUUGGAAACAUUCAGGUGUUUCUACACGCUGUAAUGGUGAAGAAGAAGAAGAUGCAACUGAGGUUCAGAGACAUAGAGUGGUGGAUGAGGAGAAGGCAACUGCCAUCUCACUUGAGGCAGAGGGUCUACCACUUUGAACACCAGAGGUGGGCCGCCCUAGGAGGAGAGGACGAGAUGGAACUGAUCAAAGACUUGCCCGACGGCCUUCGCCGAGACAUCAAACGCUAUCUCUGCCUCGACCUUAUCAAGAAGGUGCCACUAUUUCACGACUUAGAUGAUCUAAUCCUUGACAACAUAUGUGACCGGGUUCAACCGCUUCUCUACUCCAAAGAUGAAAAGAUUAUCAGGGAGGGCGACCCAGUGCACAAGAUGGUGUUUAUCAUGCAAGGGCUCGUGAGGCGGGAUCAAAACCUCAGCAAGGGUAGCAUGGCCUCAAACCUGCUCGAGCCCGGUGGCUUCCUAGGGGACGAGCUCCUCUCAUGGUCCCUCCGACGCGGCUCAUCCACUGACAGACUUCCCGCCUCAGCUGCAACAUUUGUAUGCCUCAGGACAACCGAGGCAUUUGGGCUCGAUGCAGGGGACCUCCGAUACAUCACCGACCAUUUCAGGUACAGGUUCGCAGACGACAAGCUGAAGCGCACCACCAGGUACUUCUCGUCCAAUUGGCGGACUUGGGCCGCCGUCAACAUACAAUUCGCCUGGCGGAGGCACAGGAUGAGGAUCCAAGGGCACGCGAACCUUGCGACCCACACACCAGCCGACAUCAAUGGUGGGAGUGAAAAGAUGCUCAGGAGAUAUGCCAUUAUGUUCAUGUCUCUUAGGCCCCAUGACCACCUUGAGUAACACAAAACAAAAGCAUCAUCUCUGUCAUUCGCUGUUUGCAUAUCAAUGAUUGACCGCUUCGGCGAUUGAACGGGGCGUCAUGUCUAUAUGGUCAUCUUGUCUCUAAUGCAGAAAAUUUGGCCUUUUUGUGCUUAUGAAAAUUAUUUUCUAUAUGGUCUA